CCUCACAUUGUAAACAAAGAUCAAUUUGAAAUCGUUCUCUAAUAUUAUUGUUAAAAUCGCAAAGAAAAUCACCGAAAAUGAGUCGCAGAAAGAAAUCGAAGGUUGAAUAUAAAGAAAUGGAAGAAAAAUAUAACAAUUUAGAAGAAGAAACUAACGGAGAUAAAGAACAUAAAACACCCAUCGAUAAAAAGUCGGGUACAACGAGUACUUCAAAAACUUUAAAAAAGGAUAAAAAAGAUGAUGUUAAAAAGGAAGAUGAAAAGAAAAAGGAUGAUCCCGAUUCAGAACUUGAUGAUCCAGUUGUAAAAGAGCUUUUUUCUGGGUUAGAAGGUGCUGCUUUUCAAAGUCGUAUGCCUUACGAUAAAAUGACCAGCACUGAAGCAGCUUGUUUUCCUGAUAUUGCCGAUGCAGCUUUACAAACUGUCAAAGUUUAUUUACACAUUAGAAAUCGUAUCCUUCAAGUUUGGCUGGAUAAUCCAAAACAUCAAUUAAUCAUCGAAGAAGCGAUUGAAAAAAUGGAACCCCCUUAUAAUAGUGAUGUCCCUUUAAUAAAGAGGGUACACGCUUUUUUAGAACGAAAUGGUUUUAUUAAUUUCGGUGUUUUCAAGCGAGUUAAACCAUUACCAGCUAAAAAAUACGGCAAAGUGAUUGUAAUUGGAGCUGGAAUUGCUGGAUUAGCUGCUGCACAGCAAUUACAACAAUUUGGGUUAGAGGUUAUCGUGUUGGAAGCUCGAGAUAGAGUUGGAGGAAGAAUUGCAACCUUUCGCAAAGGUAAUUACAUCGCUGAUUUAGGUGCAAUGGUUGUAACUGGUUUAGGUGGUAACCCUGUAACCACAUUAAGCAAACAAAUCGAUAUGGAACUCCAUAGAAUUCGUCAAAAAUGUCCUUUAUAUCAAUCAAACGGUGCCACAGUUGAUAAAGACAAAGAUGAAAUGGUUGAAAGAGAAUUUAAUCGUUUAUUAGAAACCACAUCAUAUCUUUCCCAUCACUUAGAUUUUAAUUACGCCGGAAAUAAACCGGUUAGUUUAGGACAGGCUUUAGAAUGGGUUAUAAAGCUCCAAGAGAAACAUGUUAAAGAAAAACAAAUUCAACAUCUCAAAUCAGUUAUUGCGCUACAAGAGAAAUUAAAAGUUAAUCAAAAACAGAUGCUUGGGAUUAAGGAGCAUAUGGAAGAGUUGAAUGAUAAAGUUAAAGAUUGGGCGAAAAUUGAUAAAAGGGAUGUUCAAUUAGAGUUUGCUUAUCGAAGUGGAAUUCGGGAUUUAAAUGCGUGCGGGAAAGAAUGGGAUUUAUUGAAGGAACAAGCUAAGGAGAUUGAAGAGAAAUUGGGGGAGUUGGAAAAUUCACCACCAAGUGACGUUUAUUUAUCAUCAAAAGAUCGGCAAAUUUUAGAUUGGCAUUUUGCUAAUUUAGAAUUUGCGAAUGCCACACCCCUUUCGAAUCUUUCACUGAAACAUUGGGAUCAAGACGACGACUUCGAGUUCACCGGGAAUCAUCUAACAGGUAGGAUUAUUUUUUUGUUGCUUGUUCACCUUAUAUUUUCUUUGCCUUUCGCGCGGUGUCGAUUCUCAUUUGCAAAUUGGGGUAAACCGAGAGGCGAGAGAGCGGGACACGUUCCUUCGUGCCUCGUAAACCAACCUCUCCCGGUCGUUAUCUCCGGCUGUAUAAUGUCGAAGCUCGUUAAUCUACAGCCUUUACCAUUCUCUGCCCUUAUAGGUUUUAAAAGUUAA